AUGACAGGCUUCGUGCUCCAGGGCAGCAUCCUCCAACUCCAGAUUGCUCCCAGCGCGCUGCUGCCACUCUUCCCACGCAAUGUCGUGGAGUUGGCGUUCAUGCUCUCACAGGACCUUCCCCGUGCCCCUCCAGCACCCCCAGGGACCACCUGGUCGGUCAUGGAGAGGGCGUCCAUGCUGGUAGUCGUGCCCCCGGUGGGCUACGUCUUCCCGCCACAGUGCGAAGCCAGAGAUGUGCUUGCACCUUCGACGCUGAGUGGCUCCGGCUUGCCGCCGCCCUAUGAAUGCCGCGGCGUGACGACGGGUGCCUACUCAAAUGCCACGCUUCUCCUCAUCGAAGCCCAGGAGAGCUUCCGCAGCGGCAUGCUGCUGAAGGAUCAGGAGUACAAGGUCAGGCUGCUGGUUCGCAACGCCCUUUUCAACGCCGGCGAGCUCGAGAACGGCUGGCGGCUUCUCACCCGCUGGGCCGAGUCCAUGGACUCUUUCGUGACCCUGCACCAGGCGACCAUCCCAGGCUUUGCGCUCAGCGCGAUGCAGGCAGCAAUCCAGCCCACCAGUGUCAACCCGGGCACCUUCCAUAUCCUCAAUGUGACGGUUUCGCCUCGGAAUGAGACGUCGCUGCUGACAGGGUCUGCUCCUGGUGACGCCAGGCUGCUAGCCCUGCUUCUUGUGGCGCCCCGGGGCACGGAGCUCACCUGCGCCGGCUUCCUCCCUGGCAGCUUGGGGGGCGGAAGCGGCCCGGGCGGCUGGGUGGACGCCGAGCGCAUCGCCUGCACCACGCAGGCCUUGCUGCCUACCGAGGGUCCGUGCGCUGAUCCCGGGAUCCCAGUCUCUCCAGGCCUCUGGAGCAUGUGCUUGGCAGCACCUCGGCGACCCCUGUGGGGCACAGGUGUGGACGUGGCGAGCGCUUCGAAUGGAACCCGUGCCGUCACGGGCCGUCCGCUUUGGUUUGGCGCCUUCGCGCGGAACGCCAACUACAUGCCCUUCGACAACACGUGGCUGCUCGUGGUGCUGGGGGACCGAAGUGAUCAGGAGCGGCCGGUCUUCUCGGGCUCCAAGCUGCUGGACGUGGCGGGGCUGGAGGGAUAUCAGCUCCUCAAGCUUUCCUGA